AUAAAACGCUAGUUGUAUGCAAUGGCCAAAGGGUCAUCUCUGCAUUCACAUAUACAAACACAAACACAAUCAAUUCCUAUCCUUUAGCUUUUCCCUUCAACUCCCACAAAGCUAAUCAAGAAAUAGAAACUGAGAAUAUAAUUGAAUACAGAUGGAUCCAAAGGUCAUCACUUGCAAAGCUGCUGUGGCAUGGGGAGAGGGAGAGGAGUUGAAGGUGGAAGAGAUAGAAGUGGACCCACCAAAGGGUUGUGAAGUUCGUAUAAAGAUGUUGUAUGCCAGUUUAUGCCACACUGAUACCCUAUGCCAUUCUGGCUUUCCAGUUGCUUUAUUUCCACGAGUUCUGGGACAUGAGGGAGUUGGUGUGAUAGAGAGUGUAGGCGAAAAUGUAACUGACCUUAAAGUAGGAGACACAGUGAUGCCACUAUAUUUGGGAGAAUGCGGAGAAUGCUUGAAUUGCAAAUCAGGAAAGUCCAACUUAUGCCACAACUACACUAUCUCCAACACUGGCCUAAUGUGUGAUGGCACAUCAAGAAUGUCUAUAAGAGGAAAAACAGUAUACCACAACAUCACCACCUCCACUUGGUCGGAAUAUGCCGUCGUCGAUGCCAAUUACGUCGUUAAAGUCGACCACCGACUACCUCUUCCGCACGCUAGCUUGCUUUGUUGUGGGUUUACCACUGGGUUUGGAGCAACCUUCAAGACAGCUGAGGUAGAGAAAGGGUCGGUUGUUGUUGUCCUAGGUCUUGGUGCUGUUGGAUUGGGAGCUAUUGUGGGAGCUCGAGAGCAAGGAGCAGCUAAAAUAAUAGGGAUUGAUAUCAACGAUUUUAAACGUGAAAAAGGAGAAGCCUUUGGAAUGACUGAUUUCAUAAAUCCUUCCAAAGCAUCCCAUAAAUCAAUUUCUGAAUUGGUUAAAGAUGCGACAGGAGGACUAGGAGCCGACUAUGUUUUCGAAUGUACUGGAGUUACAGCUUUUGUUAAUGAAGCCAUUGAAUCCACUAAAAUUGGUCUUGGCACGGCAGUGAUUCUUGGGUUAGGAACACAAAUUAAUGUGGAAAUCAACUAUGGUGCUCUCCUUUUUGGUCGAACAGUAAAAGGCAGUUUCUAUGGUGGAGUAAGAAUUCGGUCAGAUCUUUCGUCAGUUUUCGAAAAAUGCAUAGACAAGAAAAUCAAGCUGGAUGAGUUGAUAACUCAUGAAAUUUCAUUGAGUGAAAUGAACAAAGCAUAUGAACUGACAAAGCAAGCUGAUUGUGUAAAGCUUCUUAUCAAGUUCUAGCAAUUCUGUCUGCACCGUGUCAAAUGAUGUUUAUGGCCGGUGAGAAUAAAUUGGUGUUAU